AUGGCCCAUCGCAUCGUCACCCAAGUUGUCGUUACGGGCGCCCGCGUCUUUGGUCGCGCCUUCGCCGAGGCCUACAAGCAAGCUCAGGCCUCCUCCAAGUACGCUGCCCAGACAGGCAAGAAAGUGGGCGGCGGGGCUGCUUCUGGGUUGACCCUCGACGAAGCCUGCAAGAUCCUCAAUGUCAAGCCUCCGCAGGGUGGUGAGGCCAACUUGGAGCAGGUGAUGGAGCGCUUCAAGAAAUUAUUCGACAUGAACGAUCCUCAGAAGGGCGGAAGCUUUUACCUCCAGAGCAAGAUUCUUCGUGCCCGUGAGCGGUUAGAGAUGGAGGUCCGACAAGCAGAACGCCAUGCCGCCCAGGAGAAGGAACUGCAGGAGGGAUGGAAGCCCAAGGUGUAUAAGGAUCGGUGA